UUUCGGAAAUGAACAAACAAAGUGAACAAACUGAUGUUUUGUAAUUGUUGAUUGUCUGACAGAUUUUUAAAAUUUGUGAAAAUACAAUAACAUUGUUCUAUAUUUAAUGCUACAUUGGCAUUUCAAUUAAUUUCCAAUUAUAUAUCUCUAAAUAUUUGUAUCAUUAAAUACAAACAUGACUUCGUUAGCAGCCGCUCAAGUGCAAGAGGUUCGGUCUAUAACGCGGAUUGAACGUAUAGGAGCGCAUUCUCAUAUUAGGGGGUUAGGAUUAGAUGACUCCUUGGAGCCCCGCGCCGUGUCCCAGGGCAUGGUGGGACAGAAGACAGCCAGGAAAGCCGCCGGAGUGGUCUUGCAGAUGAUUCGAGAAGGAAAGAUAGCGGGUCGGGCGGUACUCCUGGCUGGGCAGCCUGGAACGGGCAAGACGGCUAUCGCCAUGGGGCUGGCCCAAGCAUUGGGGCCGGACACACCGUUCACCAGCAUGGCUGGAUCCGAAAUAUACUCACUGGAAAUGAGCAAGACGGAAGCACUCACACAAGCCAUCAGGAAGUCCAUUGGUAUCAGAAUCAAAGAGGAGUCAGAGAUAAUAGAGGGGGAAGUGGUAGAGGUGGUGGUGGAGCGAGCGGCCGGUGGGGGGGGCGCUAGAGUGGGGAGGCUCACGCUGAAGACCACGGACAUGGAGACCAACUACGACAUGGGCGCUAAGAUGAUUGACUCGCUGCUUAAAGAGAAGGUGCAAGCUGGUGACGUCAUUACCAUAGACAAAGCGACCGGAAAGAUAAACAAGCUUGGCAGGAGUUUCGCCAGGGCGAGGGACUAUGAUGCAACCGGCCAGCAAGCCCGCUUCGUACAGUGCCCAGAAGGCGAGCUGCAGAAGCGGAAGGAAGUCGUACACACGGUCACUUUGCACGAAGUGGACGUUAUAAACUCCAGAACACACGGAUUCCUGGCGUUGUUUUCUGGUGACACCGGCGAGAUCAAGUCGGAGAUUCGUGAGCAGAUCAACAGCAAAGUGGCCGAGUGGAGGGAGGAGGGCAAGGCCGAGAUGAUACCCGGGGUGCUGUUCAUUGACGAGGCGCACAUGCUGGACAUCGAGUGCUUCUCGUUCCUGAACCGGGCGCUGGAGUCGGAGACGGCGCCGGUGGUCAUCAUGGCGACCAACCGCGGCAUCACGCGCAUCCGCGGCACCGCCUACCGCAGCCCGCACGGCAUCCCGCUGGACCUGCUGGACCGCAUGAUCAUCGUGCCCACGGCGCCCUACCCGCACGGCGAGCUCAGGGAGAUCCUCAACAUCAGGUCGGAUAUAUAUAUAUAUAUAUACCGCAUCCCGCUGGACCUGCUGGACCGCAUGAUCAUCGUGCCCACGGCGCCCUACCCGCACGGCGAGCUCAGGGAGAUCCUCAACAUCAGGUCGGAUAUAUAUAUAUAUAUAUACCGCAUCCCGCUGGACCUGCUGGACCGCAUGAUCAUCGUGCCCACGGCGCCCUACCCGCACGGCGAGCUCAGGGAGAUCCUCAACAUCAGGUCGGAUAUAUAUAUAUAUAUAUACCGCAUCCCGCUGGACCUGCUGGACCGCAUGAUCAUCGUGCCCACGGCGCCCUACCCGCACGGCGAGCUCAGGGAGAUCCUCAACAUCAGGUCGGAUAUAUAUAUAUAUAUAUACCGCAUCCCGCUGGACCUGCUGGACCGCAUGAUCAUCGUGCCCACGGCGCCCUACCCGCACGGCGAGCUCAGGGAGAUCCUCAACAUCAGGUCGGAUAUAUAUAUAUAUAUACCGCAUCCCGCUGGACCUGCUGGACCGCAUGAUCAUCGUGCCCACGGCGCCCUACCCGCACGGCGAGCUCAGGGAGAUCCUCAACAUCAGGUCGGAUAUAUAUAUAUAUAUACCGCAUCCCGCUGGACCUGCUGGACCGCAUGAUCAUCGUGCCCACGGCGCCCUACCCGCACGGCGAGCUCAGGGAGAUCCUCAACAUCAGGUCGGAUAUAUAUAUAUAUAUAUACCGCAUCCCGCUGGACCUGCUGGACCGCAUGAUCAUCGUGCCCACGGCGCCCUACCCGCACGGCGAGCUCAGGGAGAUCCUCAACAUCAGGUCGGAUAUAUAUAUAUAUAUACCG